CUCGCUCCCUUCCUCUCUGUAACUGAACAGUGAAAAUUAACAUCGUGGAUCCGCUAACAGGCACAGAUGUCAUGUGAAAACGCACAUGCUCUGCCAUCCACGUCGCCUUUCUUUCUUUUCUGUUUCCUUUUUUCCCCCCCAUUGCUCCUUCUCCCUCUUCUUUGUAACUAACAAAACCACCACCAACUCCUCCUCCUGCUCCUGCCCUUCCUCCUCCUCCUCAGUCCAAGUGAUCACAAAAGAAAUCUUCUCAGCCCGGAGGCGGUGACAUUUUUAAAAAGCAAGCACACUGGAGAGAAAGAAAAAAAGCAAAACAAAACCCAGGCACCAACCGCCCAGGACAUUUUUUUCACCCUUUCUGAAAGCAAACAAACAAACCAACAGCCAUCAAAACAGUCAGCACCGCCACCGUCAGCGCUGAACCCGGCGGCGGCCCCGGUCAGCCCGCGGCCGCAGAGUGCGCCCGGAGGGAUGGUGCUCGCGGCGCGGCUGCUGGUCGCCGACCCCCUACUCCACGCCUGCUGAGCGGGAUUUUUGGGCUCUCUGGGGUUCGGGCUGGCAGCAGCUUCAUGACUACGCGGAGCGGGACAGCGGCCACACCAUGCGAGCACAAAUUGAAGUGAUACCAUGCAAAAUUUGUGGCGAUAAGUCCUCCGGGAUCCACUACGGAGUCAUCACGUGCGAAGGCUGCAAGGGGUUCUUUAGGAGGAGCCAGCAGAACAAUGCCUCCUACUCCUGCCCUAGGCAGAGAAACUGCUUGAUUGACAGGACCAACCGAAACCGUUGCCAACACUGCCGACUGCAGAAGUGUCUUGCCCUAGGAAUGUCGAGAGAUGCUGUGAAGUUCGGAAGGAUGUCCAAGAAGCAAAGGGACAGCCUGUAUGCAGAGGUGCAGAAGCACCAACAGCGACUGCAGGAGCAGCGGCAGCAGCAGAGCGGGGAGGCAGAGGCCCUCGCCAGGGUCUACAGUAACAGCAUCAGCAAUGGCCUGAGCAACCUGAGCAACGAGACCAGCGGCACUUACGCCAAUGGGCACGUCAUCGAUCUGCCCAAGUCUGAGGGGUACUACAGCGUGGAUUCUGGCCAGCCAUCCCCCGAUCAGUCAGGACUUGACAUGACUGGGAUUAAACAGAUAAAGCAAGAACCCAUCUAUGACCUCACAUCGGUACCUAACUUGUUUACCUAUAGCUCUUUCAACAACGGGCAGUUAGCACCAGGCAUAACCAUGAGUGAAAUCGACCGAAUUGCACAGAAUAUCAUUAAGUCCCAUUUGGAGACAUGUCAGUACACCAUGGAAGAGCUGCACCAGCUGGCAUGGCAGACCCACACCUAUGAAGAAAUCAAAGCGUAUCAGAGCAAGUCCAGGGAAGCGCUGUGGCAGCAGUGUGCUAUCCAGAUCACACACGCCAUCCAGUACGUGGUGGAGUUCGCCAAGCGGAUCACAGGCUUCAUGGAGCUCUGUCAGAACGACCAGAUUCUACUUCUGAAGUCAGGUUGCUUGGAGGUGGUUUUGGUGAGAAUGUGCCGUGCCUUCAACCCGUUAAACAACACUGUUCUGUUUGAAGGAAAAUAUGGCGGGAUGCAGAUGUUCAAAGCCUUAGGUUCCGAUGACCUAGUGAAUGAAGCAUUUGACUUUGCAAAGAAUUUGUGUUCCUUGCAGCUGACGGAGGAGGAGAUUGCUUUGUUCUCAUCUGCUGUUCUGAUAUCUCCAGACCGAGCCUGGCUGAUAGAACCAAGGAAGGUCCAGAAACUUCAGGAAAAAAUUUAUUUUGCACUUCAACACGUGAUUCAGAAGAAUCACCUGGAUGACGAGACACUGGCAAAGUUAAUAGCCAAGAUACCAACCAUCACAGCUGUGUGCAACUUGCACGGGGAGAAGCUGCAGGUAUUUAAGCAAUCUCAUCCAGACAUAGUGAAUACACUGUUUCCUCCGUUGUACAAGGAGCUCUUUAAUCCGGACUGUACCACGGUGUGCAAAUGAAGGGGACCAGAGAACUGUCUCAUAGUCGUGGAAUGCGUCACCAUUAAGACAAAAGCAAUGUCAUGAAGACUUAAGAAAAAUGUCACUACUGCAACAUUAGGAAUGUCCUGCACUUAAUAGAAUUAUUUUUCACCGCUACAGUUUGAAGAAUGUAAAUAUGCACCUGAGUGGGGCUCUUUUGUUUGUUUGUUUUUGAAAUGACCAUAAAUAUACAAAUAUAGGACACUGGGUAUUACCCUUUUUUAAUUUUAUUCGGGUAUGUUUUGAAGACAACUGUUUAUAGAAUUUUAUUGUAGAUAUAUACAAGAACAGAGCAGUACUUUACAUGAUUACUUUUCCUGUUGAUUGUUCAAAUAUAAUUUAAGAAAAUUCUACUUAAUAGGCUUAUCUAUUUCUAUGUUUUUAGAUAGUUGAUGCAUGUGUAAAUUUGUAGCUGUCUUGGAAAGUACUGUGCAUGUAUGUAAUAAGUAUAUAAUAUAUGAGAAUAUUAUAUAUGACUAUUACUUAUACAUGCACAUGCACUGUGGCUUAAAAUACCAUACCGACUAGCAAUGGAGGUUCAAUCAGGCUCUCUUAUAUUAUUUACUUUCUGUGUUACAUGUUACUUUUAUGUUAGACAAUCAGGGUUUUGUUUUUCCAGCCAGAGUUUUCAUCCGUAGUCAGGAGCAGGAUGGUACCAGUUCAAAAAUAAGUCUACAGAGGAAUCAGUAUAAUGCACGGCCUCUAUAUAAAAAUGCUGUUUCUAUCAAUGAUAUCAAAGCCUUGUCAGGAUGGUACAUACUUGGGGGCAGUAUUUGGAGCCAUUUUCCUGUUUUAAGAAUUGAGCUGCAAAUAAUAUGGCAAGAGCCAGUACUUUUUUUUUUUUGACCAAA